AACUUCAAUGCUCGUCUUGUCUCUACUCUCCCACUCCCUCAAUAAAAAAUUUCCACCUUUUGAAUUUCAAUAGCGCUACCAGAAUCUUCAACUUUCAUUCUAUGCGUACAUAGAGAGAGAUAAAUUAUUCGCACCAGGAAGAAACAGAGAUUGCGAGGGGACUGAAAGAUGGGUACUUUAGGCAGAGCUCUAGCGGUUUCUUACCCUGUAAAACCGCUAUGCUUGCAUGUUCUUCACAAUCCACAUCACUCCACUGGUAGAUUUAUAGAUGUUAACCGCAAAUUGAUUUCCAAGUGGCGAUCUAUGGCUUCUGAGCUUGAUGCUUCUUCUCCUUCGUCUUCUUCUUUCGACUCUGACAAAAACGCUGCUGGAUUUUGUAUAAUAGAAGGGCCUGAAACAGUUCAAGACUUUGCUAAAAUGGAACUGCAAGAAAUUCAAGAUAAUAUUCGAAGUCGGCGUAAUAAAAUUUUCUUACAUAUGGAGGAGGUUCGUAGGCUAAGGAUACAGCAGAGAAUAAAGAAUGCUGAACUUGGGAUAUUACAGGAAGAGCAAGAGAAUGAGCUUCCUAAUUUUCCAUCAUUCAUCCCCUUCUUGCCUCCUUUGAGUGCAGCUAAUCUUAGGCUGUAUUAUGCUACUUGUUUUUCUCUUAUUGCUGGGAUUAUCAUUUUUGGCGGCCUUUUGGCACCCGCUUUGGAGCUCAAGCUGGGACUAGGGGGAACAUCAUAUGAAGAUUUUAUCCGCAAUGUGCAUCUCCCCAUGCAAUUGAGUCAGGUUGAUCCUAUAGUGGCAUCAUUCUCCGGAGGAGCAGUUGGGGUGAUCUCAGCCUUGAUGGUAGUUGAGAUAAACAACGUAAAACAACAGGAACAUAAAAGAUGCAAAUAUUGUCUUGGAACUGGGUAUCUUGCUUGUGCUCGUUGCUCAAGCACUGGAGCACUUGUUCUCGUUGAACCUGUUUCAACAGUCAGUAGUGGAGACCAGCCACUUCCAGUACCCAAAACAGAAAGAUGUUCAAAUUGCUCAGGAGCCGGAAAGGUCAUGUGCCCUACAUGCCUUUGCACUGGAAUGGCUAUGGCAAGCGAACACGACCCGCGGAUUGAUCCAUUUGACUAGACGCAUAUUCUCAACUCCCUCGUUUGGAGUGGCAUAGCAGGUUAGCUUGGCCAAUGGAUUGACCCGUUGACAGAUGUGUAUGAUUCCUUUUACUCUGUGUCAGAUUCCUACUGGAUAAAAACUGAACUCCUUGUGCACCAAUGGCUGAAGAAUUUUGUGUGCAUCCGAUGCCAAGAAACUAUAUUGUACAAAUUAUAGGAUGUUUGUUGUUUUUAUUGUCAUGUUAUAAAAACUCAAGAGGAUAUCAUUCACAUUCAGUCCUCACGUACUUACCAUGCACGCAAGCAAGUGUGCAGCCAUUUGGAUGUGGUGAUAGAAACUAAUACAAAGGAGUGUAGGCGGGCGUGCACUGAAAUAUUAUCAAAACUAAGUCUCUCCUUGUUAUGCUAUUGAUUAUAAAUUUGGAACAGCGCAAGACUUGUUUUCUUUUCUUUUUUUAA